UAUUCUGGUAUUUUAUUGUGGUAUUUUAAUGCAAUUCAAUGUGAGUAAGGUUAAUUUUAAAGGUAUAUUUUUAUGAUCUGCUGUAUAGAAUGUAUAGAAUAUUGUAACGGAAUAAGCAUGCAUAGUUGAUUCAAAGCUAAUCUCUACUUAACAUAUUUCAACGUGUUUAUAUUUUUUAACUAAUCAAAAGAAUUUAGGAAUAAAUAUUAAUUUAAAUUGUUUCGUAUAUACACUUUAAUUGGGAAUUAUUUCAAAGAAUAAUAAUAAAUAAGUUGUAUUAUAACCCUGUUAUAUACUGACACAGCAACUCAUCAACUUUGGCACAGAGAAGAAAAAAGUAAUCACAUAUACCACAAAAUGCAACACUAUAGUACCCACCUGACCAGGGUAAUUUUCUGCAAAGUUUAAACAAAUAAAAAUGCCUGAUCUUUUUUCUUUCAAAUUAUUAAAUGUAAAUGUAUUGAAUUACAUUGAAAUUAUCUAUAAAAGUUAUCUUUGAUUUGGUAACUAGCAAGGGGACCUUCUCCCAGCUUUAUCCUUUUCAUUCAGAUCAUGCACAACUUGGGUCAUGUGUCUUUGUUGUAUUUAAUGGUGAGCAAUAUUAUACAAAGACACAAAUCAUUUUAAGAUAAUUUGUGUAUUCUAGAAUAUAAACAACUACAUUCCACAACAAUACCUUCCCCAAAAACAGCACAGUGUUGAUGCAAAGUCCCAGUAUAAUAUCACCAGCUAAUUCCAGCUGUCUUUGGUAGUCACAUGAUGCUGACACUAGGCACUCCAUGUACUUAGUUGUCAAUUAAUCUGAUAUUGUAGAUGCGGAUAAACUCGCUGUUACUCGCAGCGGGCAAAAAUGGUGUCCGCUGUCACUAUGUGCUAAAAAUCCAACCAUAAAUAGACACUUCUAACCCGAUGCGAGCAGUGGCGGAUUAUUGAUAAAUUUGAAUCUUUGUACGCUGCGACUAAGAUAAUGUACUUAAAUGUCAGUAGAAUUGUAUGGACAAUUAUUAACACUUGACAGGCAAGGUGUCAGAAAUGUCAUAGUAGUCGUGGGAACAGAAUUUGGCUACUAUAAAAGUGCAACUUUUCUAAACAACUUAUUAUUAACAUUAUUCUUCAAAAUUUUUGAUCAGUUCAUACAGUGCAUUUUUUUGUAAUAUUUAUUUACAAAUUUGAUAUGGCUUCAUCUGUAUCUGAUACGACUUCAAAAUCCAAGACUCCUCACUUUUCUCAUCAGAAAAACGUAGUUUUGAUUGAUAUGAUUAUUGACUCUUUAUUUGGAUGUCAUGUCAAACAGACCAAUUUUACAAUGAGGAAGAUGAUCUGGCAACGGAUAAGCGAUGCAGUUAGUGCCCAGGGUCCAGGAAAAAAGGAUGUUGAACAGCUCAAGAAACAUUAUAACGACAUCAAACGUUUCGCCAAAGCAAAAUUGGCCAGAGAAAAAAAUUCUGCACGUGCUACCGGGGGUGGACCAGCAUAUGUGGCCGACUUAAAUAACUACAAGCAGAAGCUUGUUCAGUGUCUAGGGCCUGAGAUCAUCACCGUCAUAACGGACGACUGUGACAGUGAUUUGAGAGCUACACCUACACCACAACCACAGCCAGGGAGGAGUACCAAUGAAGCACCCAGUACUUCAAGAUCUUCUGGAGCUGCCCAACAAUUUGAAAUACAUACCCCAGAAAAUCAGGAUGAACAAGUGGAAACACAGGCAUCACCACCACAAGAAACAGGGGAUGUAAAUAUUGCAAAUCCACCAGCUGUUGGACUAUCGGCCGAUGUUGGCUUAACUGAAAUGUUGUCAUUUGCAAGGCAAUAUAGAGAGGACCACAGGGAGAUGCAGAAUGUAAUUAAUAUUAAUAUUGAAUGUUUGGCAGCCAUAUCGGAAAAAAAUAUUGAAAUUGAAAAGGAGAAAGUGGAAAUUGAAAGGCAAAAAUUAAAUCAUCAAAGAGGAAUGUUUCAGUGGCAGAGGCAGAUGGACGAAGAAAAAAAAUUAGCAAAUAAAUAGAGCCAUAAGCCUCACUGAAAGGACACUCCAAUCACUAUUAGCUAUUAUAAGUGAAAGAGAGGGUACAACAGACCCCAAAAGACCAAGGCUACAAUUAACUUUUUU